AAAAAGAGCACAGUUCAUGAUGAUGCUCUUGAUGGGAGAUUCAGAGACAGACUGAAACUGGAUCAGACUGGAUCUCUGACCAUCACAAACACCAGAACCACACACUCUGGACUUUAUACAGUAACCAGCACCAGCUCAGAUACGUCGCUCAACACAUUCAAUCUUACUGUCUAUGCUCGUCUGCCUGUUCCUGACAUUAGCCACUAUUCACAAAAUGUAUCGUCAUCACAGCAGAGUUGUUCAUGGUUGUGUUCAGUGGUGCAUGUGAGUGAUGUGAGUCUCUCCUGGUUCAGAGGAAACAGUUUAUUGUCCAGCAUCAGUGUGUCUGAUCUCAGCAUCAGUCUCUCUCUACCUCUGGAGAUUGAGUGUCUGAAUGAUUCUUACAGCUGUGUGGUGAACAACUCCAUCAGCAACCAGACCAAACAUCUUGACACUAAACUCUGCAAACCAUGUGCAGGUACACAUGCAAUGAUAUUUUGUGUUUAUGUACACAUUCAUUUCUGUAGUCGGGAUCUUCUGCAUCUGCAGAAAACACAGAAAAACAGACCAGAAAGAGUGCUGCAGAGCUGGUUGUCGUGGUGUACACAGGAUUCUAAAGAUGUUGAUCAACUUCUGAUCAAACUCAUCUGCCUUGUUCCUGUUAUCAGCAGCAUGUCUUCACCAUAUCCAUCAUCGUCAGAAUCACCAGCAUCCAAAUGUUCACUGCUGUGUUCAUUGGUGAAUGUGAGUCAUGUGAGUCUCUCCUGGUACAAAGGAAACAGUUUAUUGUCCAGCAUCAGUGUGUCUGAUCUCAGCAUCAGUCUCUCUCUACCUCUGGAGGUGGAAUAUCAGGAUAAAAACACCUACAGUUGUGUGAUCAACAAUCCCAUCAGCAACCAGACCACACAUCUGGACAUCAGCAAACUCUGUCACACAUGUGCAGAGUGCUACAGAGCUGAUUACCAUGGUGUACGCAGGAGUCUCAUGAUGUUGAUCAACUCCUGA